CUAAGUUGUACGAACCAACAGCACCAUGCCUGCGGCUACUAUUAUUAUGUACGAUUUUCCUUUGAGUCCAGCUUGCAGAUGUGUGAAAAUGUUAGCCUACGAGUUGAACAUCGAGUUGGAAUUGAAAAAUGUAGAUUUGUUGAAACGGGAACAGUUCAAGCCAGAAUUUUUGAAGAUUAACUGCCAGCACAGGGUGCCAGUGAUUAACGACAAUGGGUUUUACUUAUCAGAAAGCCGUGCUAUCAUGAUGUAUUUAAUUAGAAAGUAUGCUCCUGAGUCACCACUGUACCCCACGGAUCUCAAGGAACGAGCCAUCGUGGAUCAGACUCUGAACUAUGACCUUGGAACACUAUUCAGAUCCAUUGCGGAUUUUCUGUUCCCGCAGAUAUUUUUUUGUCAACCAAGCAAUCCAAAGAAAGAAGGAAAAUUCAUGGAAGCUGUGUCUUUUCUAGAGGAAUAUCUGAAAUCUACAUCCUACUCUGCCGCCGAUUACUUGACGAUUGCAGAUUACACCAUCUAUGCAAAUCUUAGUAUGAUGGAGCUAAUCAAUUUCGACUUUUCUCCUUAUCCGAGAGUUGUUGCUUACAUGAAUAAAAUGAAAUCGGAGAUUCCAUUGGACGAAGAAAUUAACAGAAAGGCGAUUGCAGAUUUUGCAGAGAUCAUGAAAUCGAAAAUUUUGAAAGAUUAUUUGUUCUUCAGUUUGCCCUCCGUCGCCAUGCCGAUCACUUUGUACGAUUUCCCUCUUAGUCCGGCCUGUCGAAGUGUCAAGAUGCUGGCUUACGAGUUGAACAUCGAGUUGAAGUUGGUGAAUGUAGAUUUGGUCAAAAACGAACAGCAUAAGCCGGAGUUUCUGAAGCUUAAUGUUCAGCAUUCGGUUCCAGUAAUUGACGACAAUGGAUUUAUACUAUCGGAAAGCCGUGCGAUUCUGCAGUAUUUGGUGGACAAGUAUGCUCCAGACUCUCCCCUCUACCCUAAAGAUCUGAAGGAAAGAGCCCGUAUUGAUCGGAUGCUGAAUUUCGACGAAGGUGAUAUGUUUAGAGCAAUAGCAGAUUUUAUGUUUGGACCAACCUUUCUUGGUAAACCAACUGUUCCUAAAAAGGAAAAAAAGCUUCACGAAGUUUUGGGUUUUUUGGAAGAAUUCUUGAAAACUACAUCAUAUGUUGCAACAGAUUAUUUAACCAUUGCAGAUUAUGCUGUUUAUGCAGAUUUGAAUAUGAUGGCGCUUCAUGAUGUUGAUAUAUCUAACUACCCAAAGAUCUUGGCUUAUAUGGAGAAGAUGAAGUCUCAUGUUCCUCUGGAUGAAGAGAUUAACCAGAAAGCCAUUGCGAAUAUGAAGCUAAUCAUCGAAGACAUAAGAGCAGGAAAAAUACAUAAAAAGGAGUAGUUUCAGAAGAAAUUUAUACAUGUAGUUAUUUGUAGCUCUCUUGUAAAAAUACUACAAAUUCAAGUUCCAUUAAUGAUUUUCAGAUGUAGUACUGAGCAGUAUCU